AUCCCAACGGUCGGGCCGUCCCUUCCUGUUCUCUCUUGGUAUGGGGCGAUCCGUUUUCUGCUCCAAGCAGAAAAGGUCCUCGAAGAAGGAUACACAAAGUACAAAGGUGGUUGCUUCAAAGUCGCACAGUUCAAUUGCUGGUUCGUUUUCGUGUCAGACCCUGCUCUGAACGAGGAGCUACGAAAGGCGCCCGAGAAAUAUAUGUCUACGACUGCCGCACUGCACCAGCUCCUGCAGGGCUUGUACACCCUGGGCAUCGAUUUGAACGAGAUGAAUAAACACAUCGAACUUGUUCGAGAGCAGCUCCUGCGUCACGUUAACCCUUCGCCUUCUAUGCUUUACGACGAGAUGAUUGCCGCGUUCCAAGAUAUUAUCCCUCAGGGCAACACCUGGGCACCAGCCACCGCUCUCGAUGUGUCGUUCAAGCUUUUCUUUCGCGUCAGCCAUCGUGCCUUCGUCGGCGCACCUCUCUGUAUCAACCCGGAAUACAACGAGUUGAACAUUGAGUUCACAAACAACGUCUUCAAGGCCGCACUCUUGUAUAAUUCACUGCCAGAGGGCAUCCGACCGUUCAUCGCUCGGAGGCUUGACCUCGUUGGCCCCAGCGUCGAGCGCGGCAUGCGCUUCAUCAGACCACACUUCGAGCAGCGCCUGAAGGAGAUGGAGGCUGCGGGUAAGGACUGGGUAGGUAAGGAGGAUGACCUGCUCUCGCUCCUGAUGGCAUCGACGCAAGGCGAGGCGCGCAGCGUGCGGAACCUCACGCGUAUCAUACUCAUCAUGAAUGUUGCGGCCGUACAUACGACUUCGCAGAGCUUUACACAUUUGUUGUAUCUGAUCGCAGCGAACCCCGCUUGGGCGGCCACGCUCCGUGAGGAGAUCGAGCAGGUCAUCGAACAGUAUGGCUACGACAAAGAGUCACUCGAUCGCAUGCGCAGGCUCGACAGCUUCAUUCAGGAGUCCCUCCGCUUCAACGGUCUUGGU